AUGUUCUCACGCCCACUCGUCAUCUUGCUUAUGCUUCUGAUUACUAUUACCCACGCUUGUCGUCCUAAGAGUUAUUGCUGUCAAUCCUUUCGCCGAAGGCGAAUCGUAGCUGAACAUCCGACACCGGUAGACGAUCGUCACAUUGUCGUCAGUGAUCCACAAAAGGCCCACUUACAAUCUUACCAAAUCGCGAUCAACGGUGAUUCCGAAAGGAUUCGACAACGUCAAGAAUGGCCACCAGAAGAUCCGGCUAUUGAUCUUUACAAUGCGUUUGUUGUCGAAUUGUUCAACUCACAGUCGAUGGACGCCAUAAAUCUGAAACGUGACGCUUGA